CCACAGCCGUCCAGAGCCGUUUUAUUUAAAACCUAUAAAGGCAUUUCAUUUACCAGCAGUUGUGAUUUCUAUAUUAAAGCAGAGCAGGAUAUCUCCUAAUUAACAUUUACUAUAAGUUAUGCAACUGUCAGCAUAAUGAAAAACCAAGAGCAAGCUUCGGAAAUAAAACAGAAGAAUACAACUACAUCGGUAGACUCCGGACAGUCUGGUACAUUGGAGAAUAAAAGUAAUGCGAAUGAUUCUAAAAUAGAAAGCAUAGUUAAAGCUCAGAUUCUUUUUUUGCUGUCUACACUGCGUGAAGACCAGUAUGACGCGAAAUUAGAGCAAAUUCGGCAACUGAUUAACCACAACGCACCUGGGGUGUAUCAUCACUUUCUUCGUCGCCUUAUACAAAGCAAUUCGUACCGAAUUUUCGGUUCUGGUAAGUCGACGGGUGGUCUAGCAACAUACAAACUACUCCUUGAUGAAUUGAAGUCCUUGACAAAGUCGUGGAAGCUUGCAAGUAGGUUCAGUGAUGCUAUUUCGGGUGCGGAUUCAGAGGUGUUUGAAGAUUUCGACAUUGAGUCAUUCCUCCGGCAUUUUCAAUUUACUCUGCUUGAACGCGUUAAUCUAUUAAUUGGUCUCACAACUUCUCCAAAAAUCACAAUUGCUCGGAAGGCACUUGCCUUGUUGAAGGAUGACUUUGAUCCCUUGAUGAAACAACUUGCUGAUCCGUCUGCCUGUGGCUCUUUAGAGAAAGCGGAUUUGGAAACACUAAAAGAAGGCCUGUUCCCAGAAGGUCAAGAACGUAUACCUGUGGCACGGAUUGCCGAUUUCGAUGCGGUGGUAGAGAAGCGGAUGAUCAACUCCAAGCCUUUGGUUGCACUUUUCGGUACAAUGAAGCCAGCUAAGGCUACCCUGAAGACGAUGAAGGAAGCUAUAACGAAGAAAUACCAAACUACUGCCAUGACAGAGUCCGACGUAGUCUAUCUGCUGUGUUCGUUGGUUUCAAUAAGUGACUACGGGCAUUGGGAUACCUCUUUGAUUGGCAAGGCCAUUGCAUCGAGUUUUGAGAAACUUCACUGGGAAACAAUACUGCCAUUGUUCGACAACCCAAAAUUCAUGAUUACAGGUACCCCAAGUUUGUUACUCUUCUUCAGUGCUCUUCAAACUGGCUUCAAGGUUAGACAAAAACCAUUAACCCUGGAUUUCCUUUGGACGCUUUGGAAAAAUCCUCUUUCGCAGUUAUCGCUUAUAUCCCACAUCAUCCUUUCCUCCACUAGUGCAUUUGACAUCAACCAGUUCAAAAUAACCAAAAUUGUUCUUCCCGAUGAUGCCGAUGAUCUUGGCGAAGAACUCCGUAAAUACGCUCAAGUAUACGAAAAGAAUAAUUUGAAUUGCUUGGAAUUAGUUCAAAUUUUAAUGAGACUUCUCACGGAAGUGGUUACCUAUGAGACCUCGUUGUUCCUGAACUUUGUUAACCAAAAGUCUUCUGCGGAGCUCUUAUUACUUGGCACAGUACAGCUACCGCUCCCGUGGAACCCUAUUAUGGAAUCGCUUGCUUUCCAGUGGACUUCUGAGUUUUUUGUCAAGUACGACACUCAUAAAUUCGUAUUCCAUCGUCUUUCGAAAUUAAACCCACAAUUCUUAUCGGCAUUUCUUCGAAGCAUGUGGAUAAAAGACUCAUCUACGAUUUCAAACAUUUUAGACAUCUCUAAAGAGAUCGGAUUUACUUCGCAUCUUGUCUCGUUUCAGCCUAAUCGUCUAGCUUUGGAAGUUGCUGCUCUUUCUGCCGCCAGAGGCCUGCUGGAUUUUCAGGCAUGGUUGGAGAAAAAGUUAUCGGAAUUUCAAACUGCUGAUGAACUAAAUCAUUUCCUUGUGGACGUUCUUGAUCUGCUUAUGACGCGAACUGCUUUGGAGAAGGCUCAGUCGGAAUCUCCAGUGGUACUUCCUCCGAUAUCCAUUGAAACAAUUAACUUAUUGUUGACUACAUUGAUGGACAACGUCAGCAUCUCCGAGGAAGUUAGUGAACAUAUAAAAGAUGUCCAAAUUGCAUGUUUGCAAGUGUAUCCCAGACUAUUUAGUCUUGGCCAUGAACAUGAUGAUAUUGUCAUUGCUUCCAACAAAUCAAACUCCUUCGCAAGUGACAUUGAAGCGGAAGUUGAAUCUUACUAUCAAGGUCUCUAUGAAAAACGAAUUACCAUUGGUGAGAUUAUCCUAACUAUGCAGAAUUUAAAGAAGUCGAAGAAGGCGAGGGACUUCGAUGUUUUUGCCUGUCUGCAGCAUAGUCUUUUUGACGAGUAUCGCUUCUUCCCUGACUACCCCCUUGAAGCUCUGGCAUUAACAGCUGUACUGUUUGGAAGUCUCAUACAAUUUGAGCUUCUUUCUUUCGUUCCUCUAGGAGUUGCUCUUCGUUAUGUUUAUCAGGCUCUUCUCAUGCCUCCGGAAUCUAAGAUGUUUCGGUUCGGUAUGCAGGCACUGAUUCAGUUUCAAGAAAAGUUGCCGAAAUACAUCAAUUAUUGUAAUCUUAUUCUGGGAAUCCCUUCUUUGCAGUUGGUUAGUCCGGAUAUUUACGACUCUAUCAAGAAGUUGGUUGGUUCUAACUCUACUGAACCAGCUGCUUCAAAUGUUACUGCUGCAACGAAUCCCACUGCUCCGCCAUUGCCGAAAGCUCCUCCAGCUCAGCAAACUCCUGCUAUGCCCGCUCAUACAUUUGAGUCUAUCAAAACGCCUCAACUGCCGCCUUCUCCGGAUGGCGCUGAGGUACAGGAAAGUGUCCGUGACACUAUUCUUUUUGCUAUCAACAAUCUUUCGCAACUUAAUUUUGAAGAGAAGCUUAGGGAUUUGAAAAACAAUCUUAAAGCACCACUCAGAAGUUGGUUCUCACAUUAUAUUGUAACACAACGUGUUAGUCGUGAGGCUAAUUACUUAUCUCUUUACAGUAAGUUUCUUGAGGAACUCCAGGAUAAAGAACUGAAUCAGUUUGUCUUCUGUCACACCCUGCAAACGGUUCUUGACUUGCUCCAAGUUAAUAAGGUACUUUCGCCAUCAGAAAAAACAGCUCUUAAAAACUUGGGUUCCUGGCUUGGAAAUAUUACGUUAGCAAGAGAUAAGCCAAUUCGUCUCACUCACAUCUCUUUCAAAAAAUUACUACUGGAAGGUGUUGAUUAUGGAAAAAUUGAUAGGGUUCUUCCAUUUGUCUGUAAGGUGCUUGAGAAGGCUAAAGAAUCUACUGUGUUUAAACCUCCGAACCCUUGGCUUUUAGGUAUUAUUCAGUUGCUUGUCGAGCUUUACCACUUUGCUGAGUUUAAGCUCAAUUUAAAAUUUGAGAUUGAAAUUUUGCUUAAGAACAUGGACAUUCCUAUGGAAUCAAUUGAACCAAGUGAUUUGUAUCGCAAGCAUCUCGUGCAAAAGAAUUAUUCUACAAAGGAAACGCCCACGGAAUCCUAUGAACAAGCAGCGCUUAAGACCGAUGCAGACGUUAUCGCACAGUUUAUUACUGCUGCAGCCUCGCAUAUUGUCAUUAGUGACGCCGCUGCUCAAAUUCUCGGAAAACCAAAGGCUGCUUUACGCGAGCUUAUGCAACUUAUAAUUCAACACUCUGUUCUUGAAAUCAUAACAGCUGUUGUUCGUCGAUCUGUUGCUAUAGCCUCUAUUGCCACUAAGUCUCUCGUACAGAAGGAUUUUGCUACUGAACCCAGUGCACCAAGAGUUUUGUCAGCUGCUCGUCAGAUGGCCAAGGUCUUGACUGGUAGCUUGGCGAUGGUAACUUGUCGUGAGCCUGUACAAAUACUUAUGGUAAACAACCUUCGUUCUCUCGUGUUACAAAACUCUGAAGUCGUCCCUAAUGCCGUUGCUCAGGCUAUUGAAGAACUAGUCAACCAGAAUCUCUUCCUUGUUGGAUCCAUCAUUGAAAGCAUUGCUGCUGAAACCGCGUUUGCCGAAAUUGAUCAAGAGGUUGCACCUAUGAUAAUGGAGCGCAUCCGUUAUCGCGAAGCCGGACUUAACGAGCCCUUCUUGGAUCGUGCUGGCGCGCUUAAUCUCCAACUUAAUUUGCCCGGAAUCUUAAAGCUUUCAUCUCCCCUUACGCCUCAACAGUACGCCCUUUAUGAGUCAUUUGAUCGUCUCAGUAUGUCAACGUUAAUGAGUAAUACGGGCUCUUUCGCAACUCCAACUACCGAGUCUCGUCGUGAAAGCACUGACAGUGUUGGAAAUGCCUAUGCUUCCUCGCUUGAGGCAGAGCUUACAAAUGCAGCACUGGCUUAUGCACGUAAGCUUUUGGUUAUUAUGGGUCAAAUUGGGCAAUUGGCAACUCAAUAUCCUUUUACGUCCAUGCAAGAAGUUCCGGCGGAUCACAAGUUCCACGAACUUAUCCAUCAAUUCCUUACCGGUGUUGCUUCGCUUGAACAACCAAUUGCUGAUAAUGUUUUGUUAUUGUGUGCUCAAGAGUGCUGCCGCGUUUUGUUGACGCAUAAUGAAUCGCCAUUCUUGUUAGAAGUUUUCACUGCCAUCCUUGAAUACUUAUGUCAAGCCUCAACGAAGGCGAGUAUUAAUGUUUCUCUUUACUGGAAUUUCUCUACCGAUUCGGAGAAGCUCAACUUGCCAGUGAUUCUUAGUCUUAUUCGUUUUGGCAUCCUCACCUCAGGCGAGGUGGACUAUGAUCUUGCACGUGGCAUUAGAAGUGAACAAGGUAAUGGCCCUUUUACGAAUUUUGCUAUUCGUUUCUUAAUGACUGUUGUCGGUGGUGAAAAUCCUAUGGCAUUGCCAGGUAAUUUUAUGAGUUCUAUUCGUGCUUUGUAUGAUGCUCAAGGAUCAUUCGUUGAUGAAGUUAAAAAUGACUACGGGGAUCUUUUGCGCUCUAUGAACAGCAGUGUUGCAACUGCUGCUGAGGUCAAAAAAUCUAUUGCUGGAGAUAAGCAGCUUAAUGACCAGAUCAUCAUUGUUUUUGUAUCAUGGGUCCACCUCAUCCGUAACGUUGGUGCCGAUGAGACAACAAAGGCUGCCUUCGUUUAUCAAUUGCACAAGCAGGGAAUAUUGUCUGAUCCCGAAUUGAGCUUACAGUUCUUCCGUUGCAACUUGGAAGCUGUUUUGGCCGCCUUUUUGGAGGCGGCUUCCGUGAAUGUACCUGACUACUGCAAUGUUGACGCAUAUGCUCUUCUUUUAAUCACUGUUCUGAAGUACACGGAAGCAAGUGUCAACUCAAAGGAAUCGGCAUCGAGUAAGGUGGUUCUUUUCAAAAAGGUGAUGGCAAUCGUUAUUGGUGUGUUCGCGCAAAUGCAUAACUCAAUGUCGGAAUUUGUUCACCAAAAAACAUUUUUCCGCCUAUUCUCUAGUAUUCUUUGUUUAUUGGAUGAAAAUAAGCAGUACUUUUCUGCAUGUAACAAUGAGUUGCUCAGUGUCUUCUCUGAAGUGGUUCUGGCCAUUCAACCUACCACGUUCCCCGCGUUUUCAUUCGCUUGGCUUGGUCUGAUUUCGCAUCGCUGCUUCAUGCCUAGAUUGUUACUAUCUCAGAAGCGUAAGCUUGAGGAGUUGUACAGUGAUAUUCUGAUUUCAUUCUUGAGUUUCCUUGGUGAGCAAUUGGAAAAACCCAUCCGUCCUCAAAACAAGCUUCUUUACAAUGGUUUCUUGCGGAUUAUGCUUGUUUUGUUGCAUGAUUUCCCUGCCUUCUUAACCAAGUACUGUUUCGAGGUAGUUAGUUUCGUUCCUCCUGCGUGCACUCAACUUCGAAACAUGAUUCUUAGUGCAUUCCCAAGUGAACUCCAGUUGCCAGAUCCUUUUGCCCAAGGACUUAAGGUUGGUAGACUACCUGAUAUAUCUCGUGCACCAGCAAUGUCUGCCAGAUUGGUAGACCAAAUCCAGACAUUUAGCCAAGCAAACGAGCUGACUCAAGCAUUCUCAGCUACCCGUCCUAUGGAUGCUGCUCGCAAGCUUCUCCGUUCUCUCACUGCAGUGCCCAAUGUGAAAAAGAUUUGUGAGUGGACGAACUUGUUUGUUCUGUCUUUCAUCACGCAUUCUUUGCGUGAUCAGUCUGCGGAUCACCCCCCUCAGUUUCAGCCUAAAUCGACUGAGUGUGCCUUACUCACUGCCUUAAUUCGUGAAAGCAACCAACAAUACCGCUACUAUCUUCUUUCGGCUUUGGUUAACCAGCUCCGCUAUCCUAGUAGUCAUACCUAUUUUGCAAGCUGCUGUUUCCUUUACCUGUUUAAGAGUUCAUCAAACCUGCCGAACGAGCUUGUGAUUAAAGAACAAAUGACGACUAUUCUUCUGGAACGUAUAAUAUGCAACCGUCCUCAUCCUUGGGGUCUGUUGAUUACUUUCACAGAGCUCUUAAAAAACAACGACUACAACUUCUGGACUCAUCCGUAUAUCAAACGGAAUGAUGAGAUUCGUGGUCUAUUUGAUAGUCUCUAUGAACAUAUCCGCACACCUGCGAAUGCCAUUGCGACUCCUACCCCCGUCGAAGAGGCCAAAUAAGUAAUGGCCAUCCAUUCUUUCGCUCAAAACUAUUUUAUGAAUCAUGCGACCGAUAACUCCUAAUGCGACUCCGCUACCUAUUUCUCCUUUUUAGAUUUUGUCUUGUACAUAGUUUCAGGCUUUUGUUUCCUUCAUCUAAGUGCCGUCUUUACGAAUAAAUAACACUACAUUGGCUUUUACGCUCACAUUCGAAGAGCUAUCGCUUGUAUUACCCCU